AUCACUGAAAUGUUUAUAAAAAUGUAAAUAAACAGAAAUCGACUAGCGGCUAUCUCUAUUGUUGCUUAUCAAGUUUAUCCGAUUUCAGAAUUCUGUAGUCUGUUAAGAGACUAAUCGUUUGCAAUGGACGUUGAAGUGUACGGAUUCAAUGAGUUUGGACAGUGUUCUGAGAUACCCAGCCCAACCGACCAGGACUACCCAUUGGAGAACAACGUCAGAGAUGUUUCAUUCGCUUGGUCCUACGCCGUCAUAUUAACAGAUGACAUAUUUUUGGUGGGGUUUGUGGUGGAGAAGCGCAAAGUCUUCCAGAAGCUCAUACCGCCCUUUGAAGAAAAGGUGAUGCAGGUUUCGGCCUGCAAGCGCCACGUGCUGGUGGUGACGGAAGACGGGGAGUGUUGGCAGUACCUGUGCUCCAACGGCUCCUGGAAGAAGCUGCCCGUGUUCACGUCUGACGAGGGGGAAGCCCAGCAGCAGGUCGCCAAGGUCGUGUGCAGUGACACCCUCAAUGUUGCACUCUCCCGCAACGGUGAGUGUCUGGCGCUUCCCAACGAUGGCCAGGUGUUCGCGAUCCCGUCCCAGAUGCCGACACCGGGGCUGCGCGUCACGGACAUAGCCUGUGGCGUCGAGCACUGCCUGCUGCUGACAGACGUGGGGCGCGUCUACUCGUGGGGCACCGGCACGCGCGGUCAGCUGGGGCACGGGGACCUGGAGAGCGAGGAGCGGCCGCGCGAGGUGUCGGCGCUGGCGGGCCUGCACGUGACGCGCGUCGCGGCCGGCGGCUGGCACUCGGCCUGCGUCACUGCCGACGGAGACCUCUACAUGUUCGGCUGGAACGACUGCGGCCAGCUGGGGUUCCCCUCGGAGAACACGGUGGGCGGCAAGCGCGCGCGCCUCGAGGGCAAGAGGCCGGCGGCCGUGACGGUGCAGGCCGUGCCCACAGCCGUGAGCUGGCCGGGCGACCAGGACCGCCCCGUCGCGGAGGUGUCCUGCGGCACCCGGCACACCGUCGCGCUCCUGGAGGACGGCAUGGUGUGGGGCUGCGGCUGGAACGCCUAUGGCCAGCUCGUGGACGUGUGUGGCUGCCAGAACUGCUACGACGAGAUGGUCAAGGUCAACAUCCCCAUCGGCAAGAAGGUGCAGCACGUGAGAUGUGGCGCGUGGAACACGGCACUGCUCUUUGAGCGGUAGGCUGCUUGACGCUCCACCGUCGCCACAGACUGUGUUGCGCAUUCCUGAUUUCGUUUGGAGCAGUAGACCCUACGAGUUUUGGUUUCAUUGUCAUUCUAUCUUUGGAGUGGAUCAUUGACUGUUUCAUGAGAUGUGCCCCAUCCCAUAGCAAUCAUCGCACCAAGUUGUAUUAUAAGAUUUUAUUUUAAUGUUUAUUUCAGCAAGCAAACCACUUGCUAAAUAUGUAACAGAGAAAACAAAAUUUCAUGUUAAAUGUAGUCAGCAAAAUGGGGGUGAAUUUAAUGCCCUAAGUUAUUUGGCAUGUAUGACCAGCUUUGGCGCACGUCUGGGAUCACUGCCUUUCUAUUCUUAGUGGUGGGUGUUUGCAAGUCAUUGGCUCACCACGCUUUGAAGUUCAUUACCGUAUUGUUCAGAUAAGCCAUCUGUAUUAGAGAAGUAUUCUUAGAAAAUAAUGUUUAGCUCUUCUGUUAGUUACAAACACUGGCUGGUUACUGCAUUAGCUAUCCGAGUUUUAGACUUUUCAGGUAGGCACAAUAAAAUUUUCGGACUUUUUACUAAUGCAGUAUUUGUAUGCCAUUUUUAAAAUGAGUAUUCAAUCAUGAAAGGUGUUUGAGCAUUAAAACAUGCUAAAUUGCUGAGCCAUAAUGUUUUUAAAUUUAGCUCUCCAGUACGAGUUGCUUGUGUAUGACAUAUUUCUUGCUAUAAAGAAUUUAUUGUCAAAUUCUCGCGAGUGACAAGAGCCAAGCAACACUUACUCAGCUCUAUGAGAAAUUACAAAGUCCGCGCCAAGCUAAACAUUCCAUGUAGAUAUUGCAAGCCUGCUACCGUUGCCUGUUCAGCAGACAUAUUUCCCAUCAAAUUACCAAGGCUACCUUAGAGGUCUGGAGGUCUUCUAGGUAUCCGUGUUUACUGCAGUGUGCAAAUCACCAUCAAAAGGUAAAACUUCAAGGCAGAAAUGUACCUUCUGAGACAGCUCUGCUCCAUGGGCUGUGACACUAAUGAAAUCAUUCAUCUGAGACGAAACCUCACUUGUCCACAAAUCUGUUGUGACAGCAACAUUGUCAAGAUUAGAAAGUCUCUCUCUAACUUUAUUUUUCACUUUCUCAUACAUUUUUGGAAUUACUGUAUCGGCCAUGUGUUUCCUUGAAGGAAUGUUGUAUCUCGGAACUGCUUUAGACAUGAGACGCCUAAAACCAUCAUUAUUCACAAUGUCAUAUGGUUGCAUGUCUACACAUAUCAUUUCAGCAAUCAAUGUGGUAAAUUCCUGAGCUCGUGGAUCAUUGGAAUUGUACAGUAAUUUCUUUUCGACUACGUCUUGCAGUGUUGGUUGAAGUACACUUACUUUAACUUUCUUCUGAGAAGGGCCAGCAACCGAAUGUUCCCUCUCAGUAGAACACGCCUGGCUUGUACUUUCUGCAAAUUCAAAUUGCUGAGGAUGCCGUGUCUUAACAUGAUGCAACAUGUUGGUGGUUGUGUAGCUUGAUCGGCAAGAACCACCAUGUGAUAUUACAGCACCACAAUAUAAACAUAUUGCUUUACUAUCGUCUUCUUGGCUUGUAGUAAAAUGUUUCCACACUUCACUUCUCUUUUCCCGCGUCGCCAUUGUUUAAAACAGUCUCGUUUUCAGAAAUACGCAUUCGCAAUAAUAAACAUUUACGUUUAAAAACACAACACCUUCGGAAUACUUCCAUAGAUUAUAUGAUGUCAACAAAGACGCCAAUAACAGGAAAGUUAGCCAACACUGAAGUUCGCAAACAUUUGGUGCUAAAGCAACCGCUCUCUCCUUUCGGACGUUUUCAUUAUUUCUCACUAUGAUCGCUAGCGCUGCUAAACCUGAUCGUAAUCGGAACCACUUUAAUGCUGUCUUAUUCUAAAGUUGGCAGUACAACUUUUAUCUGUAUGCAGGUAUCUAUGGUUCUUAGUUGCGUGUUUACAAAAUAAAUAGCGGCGGGAAUGAAUAAUAAAUUAAAAUAGUGAGUGUGCACCUAAUUUUUUUUAUUUAAAAUCUGGCGUAAGAUAUGCGGCGAAAUAUGUCUACGAAAUCUGACGAGAAAAUAAAGGAUGCGUACAAUACAACUUACAUCGGUAUCAGUAUUUAAAUAAUCUGUGAUAACGAUUAAUCGGUAAAAUGUAAUUAUCGGCGAUUAUCGUUAAUCUGUAUCGGAAUCGGUGCAUCACUAGUAAUAGUGGAAGAAAUAUUUUAUAUUUUUUGGGCAGUGUAGUUGUGUAAAAUUAACAGUACUUAAAGAAAACUGCACAAAUAUAAAUAUGAGAUUACUUUGGAAAGUAUUGGCAAAAGAAUGGUACCUUCUUUACACAUGUCAAAUAUGUAACAAAUUAUAAAAAAGAUAGUCGAGUAUAAAGAACUCUACUUUCAAGUAGAGUUCAGCUUUAGGUACUUGCUUGACUGUGCUGAAGUUUUCAAGACUUGGCCCAUCCCCAUUUUUUUUGUAAACAGAGACCAUGUGCUAUAUCUUGAGCAAUUUUCAGAUUGCGGGGUUUUUUGUAGUAAAAGGGUGUUGGUGAAAUGAAAUGCUACAAGUACUUAACUACGUAAUUCUGAAGGGCAUUCUUGGACGUGAUGCACCAGAAUAAGAGCUCAAGAAUGAAGGUAGCGUGCAGUUGGAGAGGGGGGUUGAGCUCAGGAGGCAGCCGCCCAGACGUGAGCCGAACCAGUGUGUGGGUGGAGCUGAUGAGCCAGGCAUGCUCGAGAGCAUGAUUGUUUUGUUUAGUUUUGAUUCUGUGUUGCCGUUUAUUGCGAUGUUAAAGUUGAGCACGAUGCGCUGAUCAUCAAUUCUUUAUGAUGCUUGUUGCAGGAAUGGGUUUUUGUUGUGUAAUUUUGACAAAAUUAGUAAAUGGUAUUUUAUCUUUAAUGUGGCCAAAAAUGGAGAUGAAUAAGAAAGACAUUUAUAAAAAGAAAUUUAAUCCUAGUACAAAAGAAAACACACUUUAAUUUGUCUAGGCCGGCUUGGUGAAUUUGCAGUUCAGUACAAUUUGAGGGUCAGUUUAAAUAAUUUAUCAUCCUGUUCAACUUGAGUAUGGGAAUCCACCUUGUCUUACCCUCAACAACACAGAGGAAACAGGCAUAAAUACAAAAUGAGAAGUAUUUUCACAAAAUGUUUUGUAAGGCAAAGAAUGUUGAAGAAAGCUGACAGUGUUUUAGCUAUUUAUACAAUACAUAAAAAUUUUAAUAAAAUAGAGAUGAAACACAAAGAAUCAUUGUAAGCAACAUGUAGAGUUAUUAUCAAUAUAGUUGCCUCCAAAACUGCAGUCUAUUUUUUAUUGUGUACGUGUAAGUUUAUAAAUUUUUUUCCCGCCUUUUCACAUAACUGCCUCGGAAAAUUGUCACCAAAUUUACAUAAAGAACCAGAGAUGAAUUGGUUAAGUGGACAAACAUGAAGGGAAGUUACAAUGUAAUUGAUCUCACUGUUGUGUAACUGUGACCAGACUAAGUAUUGAAACAUUAAGUGUACCUAAUUAGGAGUAAGUGUUGUGACCUUACUGAGUAGUUUGUACGGAAACCAGUAGUAAUUGUUUUAACGAUCAUGUAGAAACGAUCACAUCUAGCUCAUUGUUUGCUAAGGCACUUAUUCUCUCAUAUCAGUAUACUAAAAUACAUCAUUUUUAAUCACAUUCAUUUUUCCAGAUAUAUGUACUACAGGUAGGUAUAGUUAGUUAUUGCAGUGAUGACCAACCUAGAAAUGUGCCAUCAAGUCAAACGUUUUUUUUAAUAGUAAAAAAAAUCUAAUAUGUAUAAUUUUAACAUGGUGUAUGCCAUUGGUAUGAAAGUGAUAUUGACUUGCAUAUAAAUGUACUCAUAAUUUUGUCAUGGGUAAUGUAAUUAUUUUAUGAUGUAAUGAGCUGAUGUAAAUGAUUUUAUUACCUAACAGUGUCCACUGACUAUGUGUACCGUAUAUUCGAGCAUAUAUGGACAUUUGGAAUCCAUUGUGGUUAGCAGUUCCACAUGCAUACAUUUACCAUCUAAACAGUUAGCAAGGAAAAAUUAUAAGUUGAGAAUAACCAAGUGAGUGGCAUGGGCAAGGUGGUCUCUUGGCUCACAGCCAAGCAUACUUGUAUAUAGUGCAUAACAUGGUGUGGACUGGCAGAUGUCUGCACACAAUAGUUUUAUAGUUUUCAGUGAAGUGUACAUAAAUGGUGCUCACAGAAACAUCCAGCACAUACAUGUUAUAAAAACAUAAGCAGUUAAAUUAUCUGUACCACUAUGCAUUCGCUGCCAGUACACUUGCUUCAUCGACGUAGUUGGGAAGAAACUUCCACAAUUGUAAUCUGAGCCAAAGGCAAGAUGUGUUGUUAUCCUGUUGGCAUUAUUUAUGUGUGUUCUUUGUUUUACUGCAUCAGUUGAAAUUACUUUUUAAUAAAACUGUGCAUAAGCUGCAUACAA